AUGCCUCCCACUCAAGCCGAAAGUGUCAUCAAGAGCAUCAUCCGAGAAAUAGGACAGGAAUGUGCAGCUCAUGGAGAGGUCGUUUCUGAAACUCUGGUGGCUUUUAUGGUGAAAGCUGUUGUCCUGGACCCAAGCAAUGGCUUUAACAUGGAUAGAACUCUUACAAAAAGUGAUGUGCAGAAACUUGUUAAGCUUUGUAUGGCUCGGCUAUUGGACACUAAGAAUCCAUCCCUGGACACCAUUAAGAUGCAAGUCUACUUUGAUAUAAACUAUACAAGUCGAGAGGAAUUUCUGCAAGAACAUCACCGAGUCCUCGAGUCUAGAUUAAGCUCUGUUUGCAGAGAAAUUACAGACAACAGAGCAUGUGUUAGGGAAGAAUUGGAAAGCCUCUACCGGAAGAUUGUCAGUUACGUGUUACUACGCUCUGGGCUCGGAUCCCCCACAGACAUCAAGAUUGUCAGAGAGGUAACAGCUGCCUUACAAAGUGUUUUUCCUCAGACUGAACUUGGAACUUUUCUAACUCUUUCUAAGAAGGACAAAGAGCGUCAGCUUAAAGAGCUCACCAUGAUUGUUACUGGAAUUCGAUUAUUUAACAGAGAUUGUGGAAAAGGAGGAGAAGGCAUUGAUGAUUUGCCAGCUAUUCUACAUGAAGCAAUCCCAGCUACCACUCAUCAUAUUGAUUCACAACUUCAGAUCGCCCAGAACUGGGCACACCGCUACACAGCUAUCCUUGAGAAGGCAACAGAUAAUCCCCUUGUGGCUAUAGACCUUCAGCCAUAUAAGCUGAAAGAAGCACUAUACAAUGUGCGACAGUAUGAGGUCUUUCUUCAGAUCAUUUUGUCAGAUAUAAUAACUUCUGCUCAAGAAGUGGAAAUAAUGAUAAAGCAGUUGGGAGCCCAGCUGGAACAGUUGAAAAUGACUGUAAAAUCAAAGGUUGCUGUCCCAACAUCACAAGUCUUUCCUAUCUUUGUGGCCCUUGCCAGUCUGUGGAAUAGCUUUCAGGAUGAGACGGUUUUGAUUAGUGUCCUCAGUAACUUAAUCACUCAUCUGGAACAAUUUCUUGGUACUCAUGAACUCUUUCCUAAGAAAAUACUGCAAGACUUUCUGGAUGAAGUAACUGUGAAAACUGAUAUAUGCAGGAUUAAAGAACAUUUGGAAGAAAGAGUAUAUCCAGAGGAUUUCCAAAAUGUGGAAUGGUUUUUCCCAGAAACAACAGCAAAUUUUGAUAAAUUAUUAAUUCAGUAUCAGGGAUUUUGUGGCUACACAUUUGCUACAACAGACGGUCUUCUUCUUCCAGGAAAUCCAUCUAUUGGAAUUUUGAAAUACAAAGAAAAAUAUUUCACAUUCAAUUGCAGAAAUGCUGCGUAUUCAUUUGCAGAAAAUCCAGAAACUUAUAUUGACAUUGUUAAAGAAAAGGCUCAAAAAAAUGCUGAGUUAAUUCAGCUAUUGCAACUUCAUCGACAUUUUGAUACACUCAUUCCAUAUUCACAGAUGAGAGAUGUUAACAAACUUUAUAUAAAACCAAUUACAAAGAAUGAAAGCAGCACACAGACAGAUACACAUAUCUUGCCGCCAACAAUUGUGAGAUCGUAUGAAUGGAAUGAGUGGGAAUUAAGAAGAAAGGCUAUAAAAAUGGCCAAUUUGCGUAAGAAAAUUACCCACUCAGUACAGACUGAUCUUAGUCACAUGAGAAGAGAAAAUUGCUCACAGGUGUACCCUCCCAAGGACGUUGGCACACAGUCCAUGAGAGAAGGCAGCAGCCGAGUGCCCAGGCCCCAGAUCUACAUAGCUGGUCUUCGUGGGGGGAAGAGUAAAGUCACCCAUGGGGUCAAGGUGAACCUAACUAGAUCUGUUAAUGAAACCUAGUUGGAGACCUCGUGUUUCAAGCAAAUGUUACCCAACUGUGAACUUGAACACUUUCUUAUUGAUGAAAAUUAAUUUUUCUGGAAGUGGCACAUUUACUGUUUGUGUAAAUUUUUGCUGGAUCUCCUUAUUCCAUCAAAAUACUACAAAAAACUAAAAGUUGUUUUCUGCAACACAUUUUUCAUCCUAUUAAAACUGAAAA